UAGAAUCAACCUUAGGAGCAACGUGCUCAACCGAAGAUGUCUCAUGGUGAAACCCAUUCCCGAUCGGGAAGCGCCCAGGAAGGUGUCUGGGAGCCCUUGCAGGACCCAAGCCGAGAAAAUGGGCUGUGCUGGGUGGCGCAGCAAGAGCUGGUGCUCGAUGUGGAUGAGGAUGGGCUGCCGGCCUUGCCGAAAUCGCUCAGUGCCAGGUCCAACUCGUCGCCGAGCCCCUGCGGCGAAGUGUCGCAUCUCCACUUGGCCACGGGGAUCCUCCUCGGCCUCGCGACGGUGGCGGUGCUCGCGGUUACGUUGCAUCCAUCACCGGGCCUGAGUGACUUUGACCACAUGCCGUUGAUGCAAAAGUGGCUGCCAGAGAAAGAAGAAGAAGUGCUUCCCUUCAACGAAUGGGUGAAAGCAUGGCACGCCAAAGUAGGCCACUUGACAGACGUGGUCUAUCACACCUACUCCCACCAUCCCCGCUUCAUCAAGGAGCUUCAAAGCAACACGCAGUUCCUGCGGUGGCAGCUGGCAUAUCAAUGCCCGAAGCUCAUGGUGGGCUAUGAGGUGUCGGCCUCUGGUGAGGUCCACGUCCUGAACAAAGUGGUCGCGCCUUCUUUGUGCCAGCAAAAAUGCUCUGAGAUGCAGGGCUGUACCGCCUGGACCUGGCGCAGCACCGGGCCGCAGAAACAUCAAUGUCACAGGAUACAAGCGAAAGAGGUGAACUUCACCAAGACGAAGCAGCACGACGUCUCCGGUCGUCCCUGUGAAGAGAACGUGCAUGAUUAUUGGUGGCCCAGUGGUGAUCAAGAUCUCUACGAUUUGCCGACGCACCAGGCGCCUUCAGUGGAGGUUCCCAGCUGCAGCGUGACGCCGCGAAGGCAGGAGUGCCAAGUCAACGCCACAGGAGUCGUAAAGGUUCAGCCCAGGCCGGCGCUGCCGGGCCCUAUGAGCUGGAUGACGUUGCUGUGGCCCUUCAGACGGAAUAUGCAGGACACCCAUCCCUUGGCGCACCUGCCAUCGGACUGCUGCGCACCCUUGGAGACACCGGAGGCGAAGCUCUGCACCAAGGGUUCGCCCAUGCGCAGUGGGCAGCGGUGCCAACAGAUAGAAGCUGGGGAUUACGGAUGCUGUCCGGAGGAACACGUGAAAGGUGAUGAUGCAGCGCAGAGCUCCAUGCAUUGCGUGGCGCUCUUCCGCGCCUGGCAUCCUGAACAGAAGCUCUUGGAAUUGCAGUACGAGAAGAAGGCUGGCAUCUUUGCCUGUGAGAGCUUCGGCCUCUACAGCAGCCAGGAAGUGGAGCUCUUUCCAGGGGUGGUCUCUCGACGGGUGCACAGUGCCAUGAUGUGUGAGAUCGGCGGCAUGUUCAUCACCGCAUUGAAUCUGGGCAUUUUCUUAGCUUUCUACAGGCAGGUGAUUCUGGAGGCGGAGUUCCUGAAGUCCGCCUGGGUCAUCAAGGUGGAUCCGGAUACCGUUUGGAGUCCCCAGCGCUUGCGGCCGAUUCUGCACAGCCAACGUUGGGGAUUGGAUGGCGAUGGCAUCUACCUGAACAACUGCCACGAUGGCCUGCAUGGCCCCAUCGAAGUCUUCUCAACUCGAGCCUUCCUGGCCUUAGGUCACAAUGCCAAGAAGUGUGCCACGGCCAUGGAUGGCCAGGAAUGCGUGGACAACUGUGAAGGAGUUUGGAAUCAAAUCAAAGUCUGCAAUGGCCCUUGCACUGAAUGGUGGGGCGAGGACAUCUGGGCGGAUCAAUGUUUGGAUCGCUACACUGAGGCCAAACGGGUUUUUGUGAAGACUUUGCUGCAAGAAGCUCAUUGCAAGCCUCACGUUCCCGACUGGAGGUCUUGCAACGAUCCUCAUGUCGUGGCGUUCCAUCCCUUCAAAGAUCCAGCAGAUAUGGAGCGUUGCUUGGAAGCCGUGGAACAGCACGAGGUGCCGAAGCAAAGUGUGUGACGACUGUGACGAGUAGAGUGCCGUGUCCAUCGCGGGUGUUUGCUGGAUGGAGAUGUUCGUCUUUGGCUGGAGAGGAU